AUGAAUAAUAAUUUCAUGCAAGAUGGAUUGGAACUAGCUAUUCAAUUGAUUGAUCUUCUUGGCAAACGCAGCUGUAAAAAGCGUUUACAGGUUUCUAGUGAAGAACUUUAUUCGGAGCUUUUCCGUGGGGGCCCGAUUGCAACUUUUGAGGAUGAAAAAACGGGGAUGUUGGAGAUUCUCGUUUCCAAAAAAACACUAAUCGGUAUUUUCAAGGACUGCAAGCAAGUCCUUGAUGCAGGGAAAGACUUUGACGACUGGAAACUGUAUUACGCUUCAAUUGGUGUUUUAAUCACGACUCCAGAGGACCACCGUGCCGUUUUACUGAAUGAAACCGUCUUAAACAAGAUCAUAUCAAAAGACCCUUGCGCAGCUGGCUAUCAUUACAACUGUUUGAGUGCGCUUUUGAGUUGCGAUCUGGCAAAGACCAAUAAGUCAGCAAACCUAUGGUUUUAUUUCAAAAAGAUGUCAAUUGCAAAGCUCGAGACCCUAGAUUCCUCGUCUCUAAACGAAAUGGUGGAUCUCAUUCUCCUCUCAAUUGCCUCACAUCCGCGUAAUUACUACGCAUGUUCGUUCUUGCGUUUACUACUGGCAGUUUGUCGAUGUAAAGGCCUUUUGGGGACAUUGUAUGAAAGGAUAUGGGACUACUGUAAGUCACAUCUUAGCGAUUUUUCGAUGUGGCUGGCUUUGCUCGAAAUUUUAAUUGGAAAGAGCGAUUAUUUUCUUUAUGAAUUCAAAAGGCUAGGUGGUCAACUGAGAGAGGCACCGCAUUACUUCGAAGAAUUAGAGCUGAUACAAAGAUAUCAGGAAAUUGAGGUCUGGGGUGAGCGGAUCAGGACUGCUAGCUACUCUUUUUACUAUGUGAAGCUACACCUUGGACUUCAUUUGGGCUUGGAUAUCUGCUCCCAAUAUAAGCAAGAAUUUGACGCUUUUGAGCGGGAACGAAAUUACAUGAUUGACGUCAGCUCGCGACAGCUUAUAAGCGAGAAAAAGCCCGUUCCGCUGGACAACGAUGCGCUUUUGAAGCAAAAAUUCGAAGGAAUGCUCAUUAGAAAACAGCUGUACAUAAGAUAUGGGGCCGCUCGCAACUCGAGAAAAUCGUAUAUGGUCCAUUAA